AUGAUUUCUUAAAGUUUUUAGUUUUCUAAUCGAAAAUCACAUUCAAACGAGGAAGAAAGCUCUCAUUAAAAAGAGCAAUAAUUUUAAACAACUUCUUCUUAAGAUGAAGGAAUCUUUAAAUCAAAACAAAUUAAGUAAAGAAGAAAGAAAAUCUAAUAUGGAUAAAAGGAUAGAAGCAGUGCCAUAUAUAAAUAUAUUAGGGAAAAGCAGGAGUCUUUCCUUAAUUAUAAACCAAGAGCUUAGAUUUCUCAAUUUUCAGCCGAAGAAGACAGAAUUCUCUUUUUGCUUGUAAAAAAGUUAGGACCCAAAUUUAACAAAAUAACAAGGUACUUUUCAGGAAAAACUGUGAAUAUGAUUAAAAAUAGAUAUUACAAGUCACUACGUAAUAAUGAAUCGUAAGAAAUUCCAAAAGACCUAGAAGAAGAGUUACUUUCAAACAAAAAUGAAUCUAGAAUAAUUGGCAGGCAAAUUCUUAAAAUAUGGCCUUAACAUAAAUAAAUGAGCUCCGUAAUUGAAAAAAGUCCUCUCUUUCCUGAAGCUAAAGAAAUAUUACACACAUUUUUAUCUUCAUUUUAGCAAUUAGUUAGCAAUUGCAUAAAAUUAAAAUGA